AAACAGUUGAAUACCUUUCACUGCAUAGAGGUUUACUAUAGAGCAUGUACUAUGCGUCGGAAUCGUCGCACGAAUGGUGUUUGCUACUUCAACGGGGACGCAUAGCCACAGGGUUGCGCUUGUGCCAGUGCCGCGCAAAACUUUCAUACACGCGCCCGCGCACGCGCGACAUACGCAUUCGCGCAGUGUGCGUAUUUAAAAACGCAAUGAAAUUAUUAUUCCACAAAUAUAACUAAACAAUAGUGUACAAGUUUUAAUUCAAUAAAAAACACUAAGUUCUCUGUGAAUAUUAAAAGUGCCAUUUUACUGGAAUCGAACGAUAAAUUCUUUUACUGUGGAGUUCUAUGAUAAGGUUUUUUUAAUUUGCUAAUCGAUACACAUUUUCCAUGCAUCAAGAAAAUAAUCUCACGACUACACACGAGGGAGGCCGGGCGACGAAGUAUUUCCCCACAUAGAACCUUGGCCCUUUACCGAGUUUAGUCAGUUUCCAGUACAAGCGUAGUUACAUAACCCGCCAAGAUGCAUUUCAUACGAUCGUUCUUCAAGCGGAUAAUUGAUGAUCUCAAGCUGAAGAAAUUAGUCCCCUUGAAGUUAUUAUUCUUUGUUCAUGCUUCAACGUUAUUCGUGUUGUACCCGUACCUGACCAUCCACAUGCGCGAGCUGGGCAUCAACGUGGAGGAGACGGCCAUAAUGUCGGCCGUCACGCCCGUUAUCUCCAUCGUCAUGCCGCCGCUCGCCGGCAUGCUCGCCGACAAGAUCGGCAACUUCAGGCUGUUGUUAGCGCUGUCAUCGGCACUGGGCGGGGUGUCGGCGCUGCUGCUGCUGGCAGUACCAGUGGGGCGGCUGACGGUGACGUUCCCGCCGCAAGCCGAGCUGCUGGCCAGCUGCGACGGCGGCCUGCGCCUGCGCCACAUGACUGACCACCCUUGUGAGCCACUACAUCCGUACCCUUAUGAUGUCAAUUUAACUAUUGCUUCUUGCGGUUUCGUCUGCGAGCUACCGACUGACAUAUCACCAGAAGAUAUAGCUGCGAUAUUACAUACACACUCGUAUGAUUUGCACGUCCAGACGCUCGAUGAAGCGCAGCGACUCGUUUACCGGCACACGGUGUCAUCGUUUAUGGCCCAAACGAGGGCACCCAGGAAGGACCAAAGCACGUCGCGUAUACUAACAAACAAUGACUACUUCAAUACAACUGUUGCCAGAAUAUCAGACCGCGAGGUCUUCUUCCCCGCACCACAGCUGUAUCACAUGGAAUGCGCUCAAAACUCAACAGAUGCCGUAUGCUACUUCGGUAACAAUAAAAUGUUCGAUGAAAUUACCGAUAAAAGAAUAGAAGAUUUAUACCAACUCCGCAUCACUCAAGAUGACGAAAACACGAUCAACGUCAUGAUGGGAUUAGUUACUGGAAAUUCAACUGAAGCUGAAGAAAUUUACCAAUGUAGAGACUAUUUUGAUGGGGCACUGGAUGAAGAAGGCGUACGAGUUCACGUAGAGUCGAAGCGGCUGACUCAGUGCUCCGCGGCGUGUGCUGGGACGGUGCCACGUAAGACUCUGUGUCAAAACAAGAAUCAGCUGGUGGAACUUGACCCUGCCUUCACCUUUUGGACUUAUCUCGCUGUGCGUGUGUUUAUCGGUAUAAUUGGAGGAACAGCUUUCGCGAUGUUCGAGGGUGCCGUGAUAGCCAUCAUACGGGAGCAGAGAGCUGACUACGGUCUGCAGCGAGUCUACGGAAGCCUGGGAGGCAUGAUCUCCUCGCCUCUCUCUGGUCUUCUCAUUGACUACGUGAGCAGGGGCAAGGGAUAUACGGACUUCAGGCCUGCGUUCUACUUGUACGCGGUGCUGAAGGUAGCUUCUGGCGCCCUGAUGCUGAGCAUCGACCUGGAGUUCAAGCAGCCGGCACAGAACCUCCUGGAAGACGUCAUCUCUGUGUUUAGAAACAUCGAGAUUGUCGCCUUGUUUAUCGCUUGCUUCAUUAUGGGUACCGCGUGGGGUUACAUCGAGAGUUUCCUCUUCUGGCUGUUACAAGACUUGGGCGCAUCCCGUUCCCUGAUGGGGAUCACCAUCACCGUGGGAGGCAUCGCCGGUCUCCCCCUCCUGGUGCUGUCUGGACCCAUCAUCAGGAAAUUGGGACACGCGAAUGUGCUCUUCAUCGGAUUUGUGUUCUAUGCCAUCAGACUGCUAGGUUACUCUUUGAUCUACAACCCGUGGCUGUGCCUGAUCUUUGAGGCGCUGGAGUCGGUGACGUCAUCGCUGUCGUUCACGGCCGCCGUGACGUAUGCUGCGCGACUGUCUUCUACCACCACCGACACCUCCGUGCAGGGUCUGCUUGGAGGGCUCUACUAUGGCGUGGGUCGUGGUGCUGGAAGUUUAAUCGGUGGCUACUUGAUGAAAUAUUUCGGCACGAGACCAACCUACCAGAUAUUCGCCGCUUCGACGUUCAUCACGGGCUGCAUCUACUUCUUAUUCAACAAAUUCUUCAUCCGCAAAAGGGUGACCUCUACCGACGCUGACGACAUCUGUAAAAAGAAGCCCGCGGUUCUUGAUGUCGAGUGCCGAGAAACGAUGAACAUGGAGGCCAGCAAAGAGAAGCCAGAUGUCGCUAAGCUCGAUAGCAAAGCAGAGAACGGUCAGGACAAAACCGCACCGCUAGAUUCCAACCAACAAACUAAACUGGCGCCAGAUAGUAUAGAUGGCGGUAGCGACUCAGGCGUGGACAACCCGGCUUACAAUGACACCGAAAACUCUAGCGAACGAAAAGAGGACGUGAAAACUAACGGAUAGUAUUUUACCAAUGAGAAUAAAAUGACAGAAUAGAUUAAAGUUGACAAAUUAUUUUAAGUGUAAGUAUAAGUUAGA